AUGAUGGACAGUCCGACGAUCUUGGAAAUCACGAUUUUGGACUCGUCCAUUUUCUUCAGCUGUUCCUUACCUGCGGGCGUUUCCAUGUACAGCUCAGACACCUCGAUCAGAGAGGAAGCUCCAAUGUCGUUCUGGAUAAACUCUCCGGCCUCAUCCAGACAGUGGCUGAUGGAGUCGACCACAAUCUUGGUGUCCUUGGCCAACGACUCCUUGAGCAGGUCUCCUUCGAUCUCGAUCAUGUGUGGCUUCUUCUGCUUUUUCAACGGAUCUGUUGACGAUGAUGACUUGGUCGAAACGCUGAGGGUACAGAAUGAGAGCCAGUCUGAUAUGCCAUUGAGCUUGAGCUCCCACACCGAAACACACCAAUGUUUCCUUGGAUUUACCAACAGACCCGAUAGGAAGAGCUUUAACCAGGGUCAGGGUGGUACAGAGAGCUGUUCUGAACGCCGUGAGAGUGGCAGCGUUGAGAAUUCCAAUUGGGAACCCGACCUCCUUGUCCAGAAUCGUGGUUACUCCGGUAAAUCCUUGUUUGGACCCGGUAAGAGCCUUCAUUCCAACGGUCUCACCGGUGGAAGCCAUGAAGAGGUGCGUGGCAUACGGCGUGGUGGUAACGAUUCUCGAAGGAAUUAA